AUGAGAAAGAAUUCAUUUAAAAAGACAAGAUCCCGCACUUCGAGAAACAUAGAUGUCGUUCGAAACUUUUUACUCUGUUUCCAUUAUUGGUUGCGUCGUCUAACCAUUGAUACGAGGGCUCAUCUUGCAAUCGCACUUCGAUCGAAAUUACCUGAUUGGAGAUUUAUAGCUUUUGUUGUCUCGAAUUCUAUACCCGGAAAGAAACUUCUCGGCGAUUGGCGGUUUCCACCGAUUUUCUUCGUUGCUGGUUUUCUCUUCGAAGUUGUUCUUUGCAAAUUGCGCAUUAACAAUAUUAACUUUUACGACGUUUACAAACGAAAACAGGCGCACGAAUUUGUUGUUAAAAAACAUCAACUUGACGAUUAUUUGAAAACACGUUUAAAAUAUGUUACCGCAAAUGCUCUAACCUUUAUUAUUGGCUCUCAGACGGCUCAUAUCUGGCUGAAUCCGAUGAAAGAUUAUAAAGAUUUCAUUCAGAAGGCGGAGGCUGACUAUCAAGCUCAGCAGCAAGAAUUAGCUGAAGUAGAAGAGUAUUUGAAGAAAAAACGAGAAGAUCGUUUGAAACAGAUUAGUUAA